AUGACAAAGGUUCUACUCACAGGUGGCUCUGGCUUUAUCGCCGCCCACACCCUUGAACAGCUCCUCGAGAAGGACUACUCUGUCGUCACCACCGUCCGCUCCGAGGAAAAGGCACAGAAGAUUCGCGGUGCGCACACUGACCAGGUCGAGGCUGGAAAGCUAGAAGUCCUCAUUGUCCCGGACAUUGCUCAGGAGGGCGCCUUUGAUGAGGUGGUGAAAACUCCCGGUAUUGACGUCGUGUUGCACACAGCGAGCCCGUUCCACUUCAACAUUACCGACCCUAAGAAGGAUCUCGUUGACCCGGCGGUUAUCGGAACCACUGGCAUAUUGAAGGCGCUCCAUGCAUCGGGCUCCUCAGUCAAGCGGGUCGUCAUCACCUCGUCAUUUGCCUCCAUCGUGGACGAGGCUCACUUCACUGACCCAGCCAAAACCUUCACCGAGGCCGACUGGAAUCCCGUCCAACUGGAAGACAUCAACCGCUCCCCAGCCGCCGCCUACCGCGCAUCAAAGAAGCUUGCCGAACUUGCGGCUUGGGACUUUGUAAGUGAAAACAAGCCCUCUUUCGACCUUGUUACCAUCUGCCCGCCCAUGGUGUUCGGCCCCGCCGUCCCCUACUUCGCCACUCUCGACGGCAUCAACACGUCCAACGAGCGCGUCGUCUCGCUGCUACGCGGCGACUGGAAGGCCGAGAUCCCGGCAAGCAGGCCCGUCCCGAUGUGGAUCGACGUACGGGAUGCUGCCAGGGCGCACAUCCGCGCGCUCGAGGAGCCGUCGGCCGGUGGUCAGCGGCUGCUCACGACUCCCGGGAACUUUUCAAACCGCGAGAUUGCCGACAUUGUGCGCGCCAAGUUCCCCGAGUUUGCGGACAAGCUCCCCGGGCCCGAGGUGCCCGGCGGCGAGUUCCCGCCCGAGGACCAGGUCUUCAAGAUUGACAACAGCGUGACCAAGAAGCUCCUGGGCUUUGAGUGGAUUACGUUGGAGAAGAGCAUUACGGACUUGGUGACGUCGCUCAAGGAGCACGGGAUCUGA